UUUUCUCCUCAAAACCAUGGCUUCCAAAAUCCUCUUCCUCUGCCUCUGGUUUUUUUUCUCUUCUCUCUCCCCUUCUCCCAUUCUCUCUAUAUAUACUCACAUUUCACCAAAAUUCCAACAACCUUCCAAAGAAAAACCAUUAACAAUCCCUUCUUCUUCUUCUUCUUCUUCUUCUUCUUCUUCUUCUUCUUCCUUCCAUCAAUUCAAUUUUCUCCAACCCAGAAAACAGAGCACCAUGUCAAAGAGUGCAGCUUGCAGAGCCUGGUUCGUGGCGGCGAGCAUUGGCGCCGUCGAGGCACUGAAAGACCAAGGCGUUUGCCGGUGGAAUAACGUCAUUAAAUCUCUGCAACAACAUGGGAAGACCAAGUUCAGAUCUUAUUACCAAGCUAAGAAGCUCUCUGCUUCGUCUUCUUCCGCCAUUGCUAACCAGAUCAACAAAUCUCGAGAGGAGAAGAUGAGGAAAGUCAUGGAUUUGAGCUGUUUGGGACCCAGUACUAUCAGAUUCUAGAUCUCGUUAAUGCGUUUUCAUCAACUUUUUGAAAUGGUGGUGUUGAGAAAUUGGUGAACGAAAUUAGCCAUGGGGGUUACAGAUUAGAUGCUAUGGAAGAUGUGA